GCAUGUUCAAUUGCCUAACGUAUUUCUAGUCGACUGAUCUGAGACGAAGCAAUCGCUAAUUUAUGAUUGACUUUAUCAAUCACGUUAUACUUACGAAGACGAUUUCGCGAAUGCUUCAAAACUUCUUUCUACAAUGUUUUGAAUCAACUACUUACAUUUUUCUCAAACAUAAUCAUUGGCAACCAAUAUUUAGUUCGACUAAUUCCGUGAUAAUGCACUAUCAGUCUCCCACUCUUCACGUAAAAGUUGCAUGUCAUAAUCACUUUUCUUAUACUCCUUGCAAUAGUUCGUUAUGAUCAGUCUGCUGGAAAUCGUUAUACGUCAGUGUCUUCGGAUACAUAACAGAUCGCACUUGUAGAGCGAAUAAAAUGUCGCACAACGAACAUUCUCAGAAAUGGAUAAAAAAUAUAAUAUCAAAGACUAUCGAGAAUCUUGGACUGGACGUCGACAAAACUCGAUACACGCUAUCUGAACCUAAGAACAGAUUUAUGUCUACUAUAUAUUAUGUACUUUUACAGUUUGAGAACAAGACAACAGGUGAAAACGAAGAAUUUCCUAUAGUAGUGAAGAGAGCCUUGCAGGAUAUGAUUGAAAUUCUGCACGCCGCUUCUCAAUUUCACAACGAAAUUCUGUUCUAUCAAAUGUAUAGCAGUCCAGACGACAACUAUGCGAAAUGUUUCUAUGCUGACGAACGGUCGUCAACCGAUUUGGUGAUUGCUCUGGAAAAUGUCAACAAACGAGGAUAUUAUCCCUGUCCGUAUAGUUGCAACUCUCCUUUAGAAUAUGUAUUGGCGGCGAUGCGCGAACUAGGACGAUUUCACGGCAAAGGAUAUGCCAUGAAAAAGCUACAGCCGGAAAAGUUUUUCGAUAUCGUGACGCGACUUCAAACUCGGUUCUUUAAAAAAAAUAAUACUGACAAUGAGAAUCAAUCUGACUACGUAAUCCUUUGCAAUAAUAAUCCUCCAAAACUGAUGAAAUAUCUUCGUAAUUGCGGCCACGAUCCAAUUUUCUGUGAUAAAAUAGAAGCUGUUUUCUCGAACGCAUUUGACAGGGUGAUGAUGAAAACGCUAAAACCGCUGGAACCCUUGGCCACGUUAUGUCACGGUGAUUUUACAUUGGACAAUAUUCUCUUCAACACGGAGGACGAUGGAAAAUAUCGUGCAAUGCCGAUCGACUUUGCGUAUUUGACGUAUUCGACUCCCGUCGUCGAUCUUUCCACAUUUCUUUGUCUGUGCUGCACGAAUGAAAUGAGGAGGGACAAGUUCUCCGACAUAAUGCGAGCCUAUCAUGAUUCAUUGAAAGAAUAUCUGUUGGAAGCUGGCGUUUGGGACAUGGAAGUAUAUUCGUAUGAAGUUUUGUUGGAAGAUUUCAAAAGAGGUGGUCUUUUCGGUUUUAUUAUUGCGACCUUUCAUCUACCAGUAUUAUUAGGAUAUCUUAAAAUGGAUAAAAUAGUAGAAGAACUGUCACGUAUAGGCAUGUUGGAACAUGUAAAGCGCUAUAAGUACAAUGAAGAAUUGUCCAAAAUACUAGCUGAUAUGUUACUGCAUUUGAAAGAUCUUGGCUGUUUAACAUUUUUUUCAUAACAGUUAGAAAAGUGGAAGUGGUAAAAAAAUUGGGCUUAAAAUAAAUAAAGAUAGAAAAUGAUAAGAUAAAAUAGGCGUCACUAUUUGCUAAGAAUGAGAUACAAUAAGUAUGGAUGAGUGUGGUGGAAGUAAUAAUUGUAAACCAAAUCUUGCUUUCUUAACAAGUGUAUGCUGAAGUAAUAAAUAUUAUAUUGUAAUAAA